CUGCGAAAUAACUUAGUAAGAAAACAAUGAAUAUGCAAGGAACUGUUUUAAACAUCCCUAAAGCGCUCAGAUCUACGACACAAAUUCGACGGAGGGGUUACCAGCAAAUCGAUGGCCCCCUGGAAAUGUCUGCCUUUACUACAGUUUUGAUUUUCAUAAUCGUGUUUAUCAUUCUAACUGCUUUGACACUUCUUGGUUCUGGAUAUACUACAGCAGGUAUUUCAGUACUAGGCUCGAUUUUUGCGAGCUGUUGUUUUUAUCGCAUUUUUGACUGCUUGGGCUGUAGCAGAUAUUUUGCCUACUUGGGAAGAAUCUGCUGCUGCUGUUGCUGCAGAGCUUCUGAACCACAGACUUCAGAGCCAUCAACGUUAGAAUCAAGUUGGAUGCCAUCGACUCCAGGACCAUCGUCUCAACAGCAUCCGAUUCCAGGACCAUCAACGUUGGAAUCAAGUUGGAUGCCAUCGACUCCAGGACCAUCGCCUCAACAGCAUCCGAUUCCAGGGCCAUCAACGUUAGAAUCAAGUUGGAUGCCAUCGACUCCAGGACCAUCGUCUCAACAGCAUCCGAUUCCAGGGCCAUCAACGUUGGAAUCAAGUUGGAUGCCAUCGACUCCAGGACCAUCGCCUCAACAGCAUCCGAUUCCAGGGUCAUCAACGUUGGAAUCAAGUUGGAUGCCAUCGACUCCAGGACCAUCGUCUCAACAGCAUCCGAUUCCAGGACCAUCAACGUUGGAAUCAAGUUGGAUGCCAUCGACUCCAGGACCAUCGCCUCAACAGCAUCCGAUUCCAGGGCCAUCAACGUUAGAAUCAAGUUGGAUGCCAUCGACUCCAGGACCAUCGUCUCAACAGCAUCCGAUUCCAGGGCCAUCAACGUUGGAAUCAAGUUGGAUGCCAUCGACUCCAGGACCAUCGCCUCAACAGCAUCCGAUUCCAGGGUCAUCAACGUUGGAAUCAAGUUGGAUGCCAUCGACUCCAGGACCAUCGCCUCAACAGCAUCCGAUUCCAGGGCCAUCAACGUUGGAAUCAAGUUGGAUGCCAUCGACUCCAGGACCAUCGUCUCAACAGCAUCCGAUUCCAGGGCCAUCAACUUUAGAAUCCAAGCCUAUGCCCUCACCUCCAGACUUAUUUACGUUUCAGCAUUCGCUUCCAGAACCAUCAACGUUAGAAUCUAGUUCGAUGCCAUCAACGGUGCCACCAACUCGUAAGCCUACAGUUGCAAAACCACUAACUGUAGAAUCAAGGUCACUGCCCUCGUCUCGAACGCAUCUGGCUGCAGAACUACCAACUGUAAAAUUAGGGUCGAUGCCUUCAUUGCAAAUGCAUCUAGUUGCAGAAUCACAAACUGUUUAUUCCAAGUCAAUGCCAUCUCGAAUGCAUCCGGCUACAGGACCACUAACUGUAAAAUCCAUGUCAAUGCCAUCAUCUCCAAAGCUACCUACUCUGCAGCAUGUGGCUCCAGCAUCGGUUCCAUAGCCACUGUAGAAUUCAGAUUGAUGCCAUUACCUCUAGAGCCACUGAUUCUGCUACUUGCGGUCAUACAAAUUCUUCUUUGAGACGACAACCAAUGUUUCAAGUUCUAUCAUUGGGCGAUACUUUUAUGUUGACUUUUUACUGUUUUAUUGUAUAGCACUAUUUUAAACUGACUUAAUCAUUUAUGGAAUAAAAAUUGCUAAAAUAUUUUAAGCAAGUUCUUUUGCUAUCAGUUUAAUAC